AUGCCGCGCCCAAGAGAGUCAGCUUUCCCCCCGGGCAUCGCCAGGGAUGACUCGGAUGACGAGCUGGGUGACGAAGAUCACCCAUGGGAAUGGAUACACCAAUCAGCGCGCACCACAUCCCCGUCCCAGGACAGGCCCGAGGCCACCCGGAAGAGGAAGCGCGAGCUGGACGAAGCGCCCCAGGGGAGAAUCGUCGGCGCCCGCAUGGGCUCCUUCGAGUGCUACGUGGGCGACUGCGUUCUUCUCAAGGCCGAGGGCUCGCACGAGGCCUGGGUCGGAAUCAUCACCGAGUUCCUCGACAGUGACGAGGAUGGCGACAAGGCCGCAAACUUCCUCUGGUUCUCCAGCGAGAAGGAGAUCAGAAACCGGGACAAGAAGAGGACAGAUGCGCUCCAGAGCGAACUGUACAUCACACCCAGCAGCGAUAUCAAUCCGUUGGCAUCCAUAAACGGGAAAGCGACAGUUCUGUCACACCGCAGGUUCUUCGAGAGGUAUCCGAAUGGACGUAUUCCCCGCACCUCGCCGGGUUACAACAAGACCUUCCUGUGCCGCCGAGGUUGCAACACCAGGACGGCAACAUAUACCGACGAGCUCGUCUGGGAGGAUGUGUACCAGGGCCGCGAGGAAGACAUUGCGCCCCUGCUAGAGCUCGUCGAGUCGGGGACUAGGGCCACCAGGCGAAGACGCAAGGCCGACGACGGUGCACUGGAAGCCGCGUUUAUCGCAGGCCAUGAGGGUGACGUGGACCACGACGGUGAUGACGAUGGUGCGCGGCAGUCCCGACGGCCUGCAGCCUCCACACCCCGGAAGAAGCAGAGGACUACCAAGAUUGUCACCCCGUCGAACCGGAAAGUCGUGCUCAAGAAGGCCCUCGAGUUCACCCCCCUGGCCACCCGAACGCUGUCCCCUAGCCACCACCAGAACUCGCCCUUCCAGAUAGCCCGCGCGCAGCUCCAUGUCGCAUCCGUGCCCACGAGUCUCCCCUGCCGAGAAUCCGAGUUCUCGUUGGUGUAUUCGCACCUCGAGGCCGCCAUCACGGAUGGGUCUGGCGCGUGCAUCUACAUCUCCGGUACCCCCGGCACGGGCAAGACGGCGACCGUUCGCGAGGUGGUGUCGCGGCUUGACGAGGCGGUGCGAUUGGACGAGCUGGACGACUUCAUCUUUGUCGAGAUCAACGGCAUGAAGAUCACGGACCCCCACCAAUCCUACUCCCUCCUCUGGGAGGCGCUCCGGGACCAGCGCGUGAGCCCCAGCCAGGCGCUCGACCUUCUCGAGCGCGAGUUCAACAACCCGAGCCCCCGUCGGGUACCCUGCGUGGUGCUCAUGGACGAGCUCGACCAGCUGGUCACCAAGAACCAGAGCGUCAUGUACAACUUUUUCAACUGGCCCGGGCUGCGCCACUCCCGGCUUAUUGUGCUGGCCGUGGCCAACACCAUGGACCUGCCCGAGAGAACGCUGAGCAACAAGAUCAGCAGCCGCCUGGGCCUGACACGUAUCACUUUCCCCGGCUACAACCACGAGCAGUUGAUGAAGAUCAUCCAGUCUCGUCUCGAGGGCGUACCCGGCCACAUCGUCGAGCCCGAUGCCGUGCAGUUCGCCAGCCGAAAGGUUGCGGCCGUCAGCGGAGACGCCAGGCGUGCCCUCGACAUCUGCAGGCGGGCGGUGGAGCUGGCCGAGGCCGAAGCCAAGGGGGCCGACGCGUCGGAGCCCUCGACCCCGAGCAAGAAGAACAAGGACAGCGCCACAGCCUCGGAGAAGAAGAAGGGCUCUCGGGGCCGGGUCACCAUCGCGACGGUGAAGCGGGCCAUCAACGAGGCCACCUCGAGCCCCCUGCAGCAGUACCUACGCGCUCUCCCGUACGCCUCGAAGCUGGUGCUGGCCGCGCUGCUGGUCAGGAACCAGAGAACCGGGCUUACAGACAGCACGUAUGGGGAUGUGCAGGAGGAGCUACGUCGGGCACUGGUCCUGGACGCCAGCAGCAAGCGGGUCAAGCUACUCACGGCUGGGCCGGAGGCAGAUAGCAACGGCAUCCGGCGCAAGCAGGACCUCACGGCGUUGAGUAGGGCGACAGGAAUAAGCGCCGCUGCGGUUGAUCUCACGGGGGCUGGGAUCAUCAUACUGGAAGGUCAGAGGCCAGAGAGGCCCAGCAAGAUUAGGCUUGCGGUGGGUGAUGAGGAGGUCAAGCUUGCUUUUCGUGACGACCCCGAGAUCAAGGCCUUGGGUAUAGCUUUCUAG